AUGGGAUUCGUGGGUGGAACCAUGGAUGCAUUAUGGCUGCUGCAGGUGGACGUUUGGACCAUGUUGGACCAGGAAACGCUGUCGUCUCUGCUGCACUCUUUGGACCAUGUGGACCCGAAGACCAUCGAGCAGGAGUUUAGUGCCCUCCGUGCUCAGUCCGUGGCAUGGAAGAAGUCCCAGUGCUCAGAGAUCGGGACUUUGAAAGAAAACAUCAAAAAGAACCGAUACAAAGACAUCCUGCCCUAUGACGAGUCCAGAGUGAUCUUGUCUCUGAAAACCUCAGACUCUGAUGGGGAUUACAUAAACGCCAGCUUCAUUCAGGGGGCGCUCUCGGGAGGCUACAUAGCGGCGCAGGCUCCUCUGGACUCCACCCUUGGGGACUUCUGGAGGAUGUUGUGGGAAUAUGAGGUUAAGGUGAUUGUUAUGGCCUGCAAGGAGUUUGAACAGGGAAAGAAAAAGUGUACUGUUUACUGGUCUCCUCUGGAUCAAACCACAUCCUUCGGCCCCUUCUCCGUCCUCUGCGUGCCGGUCCGUCGCCAGGACGUCCCCAAGACGGCGGUCAUCACUCCCUUUGGACUGUUUGAGUUUUUGAGGAUGCCUUUUGGCCUGAAGGGCGCGGCACAGACGUUUCAGCGUCUUAUGGACUCUGUGUUGCGAGAUAUGCCUUUCCUCUUCGUGUAUCUAGACGACGUGCUGGUGGCGAGUGCUUCGGUGGAGGAGCAUAUGUCACAUCUUCGCCAGCUUUUUGAGCGCCUCAGUCAGCACGGACUUAUCGUCAACCCUGCUAAGUGUCGUUUUGGACUGUUGGAGAUCGAGUUCCUGGGACACCGUGUGUCACGGCAGGGUGCGGUGCCUCUUCCUGCUAAAGUCGAGGCGGUUUUGGCUUUUCCUCGCCCCUCCUCUGUGAAGCCCCUACAGGAGUUUUUGGGCAUGGUUAAUUUUUACAACCGUUUCAUCCCUCGGGCAGCCCACAUUAUGCACUCGUUGUACGAUGCCUUAAAGGGUAAAAAGGGUAACCAGGACAUUGAGUGGACCCAGGAGAGGUCACUGGCGUUUGAAGAAGCUAAAACAGCGCUUGCCGAGGCCGCCCUUUUGGCCCAUCCCAAACCUUCUGCGUCCAUCGCCCUUACCACUGACGCGUCCGAUUAUGCCGUCGGUGCGGUUUGCGAACAGUGGUCGGAUGGACACUGGCAGCCACUGGCGUUUUUCAGUAGAAAGUUGCGCGACUCAGAAAGAAAGUACAGUACAUUUGACAGGGAGCUCUUGGCCCUUUUCCUUGCCACACGCCAUUUCCGGUUCCUCUUAGAGGGCCGGGAGUUCACCGCUUUUGUCGACCACAAGCCGCUAACGUUUGCUAUGGCUAAAACUUCUGAACCAUGGUCAUCUCGACAGCAACGGCAUCUUUCUGCCAUUUCCGAGCUCACGACUGACAUUCAACACGUGGCUGGUAAGAACAACCUGGUUGCGGACUGCCUCUCUCGUGCACCGGUCGAUACUGUGCAUCUGGGGAUCGACUACGCGGAGAUGGCUGCGGACCAGCUGACGGAUUUGGGAGUGCAGGGGCUGCGCACUGCUGACUCUAGUUUGAAGUUGGAGGAUGUUGAUUUUCAGAACAGCGGGGCGGCCCUCCUUUGCGACAUCUCUAUGGACAGGCCGCGCCCGGUGGUCCCUGCUACCUGGCGCCGUCGCAUUUUUGAUGCUGUGCACUCCCUGUCACACCCCGGAGUUAAAGCUUCCGUUAAGUUGGUGGGUGCCAGGUUCGUGUGGCCCGGUCUCAGGAAGGAUGUUAAGACUUGGGCCUCUACGUGUGUGGCGUGCCAGCGCGCCAAGGUGCAGCGCCACGUUAAAGCUCCGUUAGGGCCUUUUCCUGUCCCUGAGAGGCGUUUUGAGCACGUUCACGUGGAUCUUGUCGGUCCUUUUCCGCCGUCCCGUGGCUUUACUCACCUGCUGACCAUGGUGGACAGGACCACACGGUGGCCCGAAGCAGUUCCUCUGUCGUCUACUACUGCGCCUGAGGUGGCCCGAGCGUUCCUCUAUUCGUGGGUGUCUCGGUUCGGUGUGCCUUUGGACAUGACAUCUGAUCGGGGCCCGCAAUUUACCUCGGAGCUGUGGAACGCGGUUGCCGGAAGCUUGGGGGUUAAACUUCAUCGGACCACUGCUUACCACCCUCAAGCCAAUGGACUGUGCGAGCGGUUUCAUCGCACCAUGAAAGCCGCCCUCCGUGCAUCUCUAGUGGACAGUAGUUGGGUGGACAGACUGCCGUGGGUUUUGUUGGGUCUGCGUUCCGCCCCUAAGGAGGACCUGCGCUCCUCCUCGGCUCAGUUGGUUCUGGGACAGUCUUUGAGGGUGCCGGGGGAGUUCCUGCAUAGUGGUUUGGGUCCUGGUGUGGUCAGGAAUUUUGGGGUCCAGGGAGAGGCUAGGUUUUUCUCUCCUGUUGCUGCGCACCAUUGUCUUCCUCGGUCCUUCAUCCCCAAGGACCUUAUGUCGGCCAAGUACGUUUUUAUUCGACACGAUGCGCACCGCUCUCCUCUGCAGGCCCCUUAUGACGGUCCCUUUCGCGUGUUGGAGGCGGGGCACAAGUCCUUUCUUAUUGAGAUGGGGACUGGACAGGACAGGGUUUCAGUGGACCGUUUGAAGCCCGCUCAUGUGCUUCAGGAGGACGGGGUAGAGCUGGCUCGUCCUGCUCGCCGCGGCCGCCCGCCCAAUCCGGCCCCAGACAUUGACCCUUUGCCUCUGGCGAGCCCACCGCAGGUGGUGGUUAAAUGUAGUCGGAGGGGUAGAGUGCCGAAGCAGAUUGGAGAUGACUUCUGUGGCCUUGUGCUGAACCAGCCUCUGGGCGGGCUGCGAGUGAUCGAAGGACACCCACUCUACGAGGACCGCACUCAGGGCAUGGGCGCCGUGGCCGGGUACACCUACGGAGAGGACACCGUGGUCUUCGUGGGGACCAGGACUGGGCAGUUAAAGAAGGUAAGACCCGGACCCUGA